CUUCCACAAACAAUCCAUCCUCCAUCUAUCAACUCCAACUGUCCACAAUGCCUGUCAUCACGGACUUCCCUCUCCCCAGCUCAGCUGCAGCACUGCAGCUGUCUGCCGAAACCCCAGUCACCUUCCUCUCCUUCCACGCCUCACCCGACCCCAACACCGGAAAGCCAUGGUGUCCUGAUGUCGUCGCCGCACUGCCCCAUCUACAGGAAGUCUUUUCCACGCCCCAAGCGCCGCAGGUUGCAUUUGUCAACGUUGGCCAAAAAGAUCAAUGGAAGGAUCUCUCUAACGUUUUCCGGACAAAGUGGAAUGUCAACGCCAUUCCGACUUUGGUUCGCUUCGAGCUCGUUGAUGGGAAUGUCAAGGAGACUGGUCGUUUGGUUGAAGGCCAGACUCUCGAUCGUGCACGGCUUAGCAAGUUUGUUCGUGAUCGCUCGGCAAGCAUAUAGGAUAUCCAGUUUAUUUUAUUUUUUUUACUUUUUUUCCGCAUUGAUGGAUACAUCAUGCUCCGAAGCGAUGGCCCGUUAUGUAGUUACGUCUGAAUGAGUACUAUCUACUAUAUUAAAACUGUUAAGCUAGCGCCUGACCCAAUUCCACAGCGAGGCUGUUCGCGCGCGCAUUACUAAAGAGCGUCACAGGGGCACAAGCCCCCUCCUCCAUCAUUGAUAUAUUCACAAAGACCACCCGUGGAAGACCACCCGGCAGCGAACGCCCUAUAACACCCCCAGAUGCCCAAACCCCAAAUUAAUAGUUAAAGUGGUAGUCAGUCCUCACAACACAUCCAUUGUCGAGGUAAGAAUGUCCGCACUUUUCAAUUUUCGUCUCAUCUUGGUCGAACAUAUCUUGGAGUGCCUUAUACGCUUGCAAUCCACUCAUUCCCGGGCU